GGAAAUGUAAAAUCAUUUUUAUUUAUUUAUUUUUAAUGGAGUCAGUCUGGAGAGCGGCUCGUUGUGGACGUCAUGUGUAUGGAGGUUAUAUCCAGCUGUUGCACUUGCGCGAAUCGUUACCUUUAAGAUGCUCGAGGGAUAAAGCCUCGUUUUAGCUAAACCCGACACCAUUUUAGCGAUGAGUUAAGACGAGCGCCGUCCGGAUCGUCUGGCUGCGCGUGUCCGUGGACUAAACCAGACGUAGAUGUGUCUUUUCCGGGCGACCUGGACGGAUUAACCCACUGAUUCUAUAAAUGUCGGAUUUCAUUAUUUGUCGGCCUACCGAGAAGUGGCGGCGGCGGGGGCGAGAGGGACGGCUCGGCACGAGACGGGGUCCGCGAGGAGGGUGCACGCACCAAAUACUUUCCCUUUAAAGCAGAGAGGGACAGAGGGGGUGAAGAGGAGAUAAAAAAAAAGAAAAGGAAGAAAGACUGAGAGGGAGGGAGGGCGAGAGGGAGCGAGUUUGAAAAAAAAGAAAGAUGUCAUCCUACCGAUGGAAACACCGAGGCGGAGCCACGCACCGCGGCUGACUGGGAGCCCUCUAUUGAGGGAACGAGCUGUACGCAACGCCGAGGCUUGGAUGCCGCCACUGCGGCCUUUUCGGAGCUACCGAGAAUAAAUUACUCUUGAACAGCUGCUGACCAUGAUUGGCACGUUCCGACUGCUCAUCUGCAUUAAAAUAAUCUCUAAUUUGCAUGCAAUCCACUAAUUUAGUUUAAAGUAGACAUAAGCAAAUUGAAUUAAAAAGGCACCAUGAAAGCAAGCAUGAUAACCAUUUUGUCGCAUUUACAAAAAGCCUCCUCUUAAAGCCUGUUUACCGCCACCAGAUUACCAUGUCAAUUCAGAACUCCUAACUACCAAGAAGUGUCCGUUUAUUAAGCUGAUUUUCGUCCUGCGUCGACAUAUUUUUCCACUAAAUAAGCCGAGCAGGUAGAGAAAAGCGACGCAGGCCUCAGGUUGUUUUUAUAGCAGCUCUCCGAGCUUUUCUCCCCGGCCUCCGUCGCCCUCCUCCUCCUUCUCCUCUUUGGUCCCAGGCGGGGUCGUUCUCAGCCCCUCAGGAUGGAUACCUCCUGGAGUAAUUUCCUCUUUCAGAUGAACUUCUGGACUGUUAAUCCAGAUGUUGUCGAACUGUUGCAGACGACGCCGACUCAGAGCCAACCUGAAACGCCUCUUCAGUCCGAGCUGCUGCCCGAGCUGACCGGCCCGGCUCAGAGUCCUCCGUCAGAGCAUAUCGUGACGCCGCCGUCCACCGUCGACACUGCCGCCCUUAGCGAGGAGCCCCUGCCCGUCAAACCAGUCACCAAGCCGGGUCGGCCGGCCCACAUCUGCGCCACAUGCAACAAGGAAUUCAAGAACAGCUACAACUUGCGGCGCCACCAGUCCGUGCACACGGGCAUCAAGAUGAAGGACCGGCUGGCGCGAGAAAAGGAGGAGGCAGGGAAGGUGGGACGGGUGGAGAAGCAGACCAUCCCCCUGUCCCUCCUCCAGCUCACCCUGCCCACACAGCCUCCCCCUCCUGACCCCACUGCCGUUACUGAGAUCCUCCCCCAUCCUGUUCAGCACACUAACCAGGAGGGCCAGCCAGUCUCUGUGUCCAUCGCCCCGGCAACCGUAACCAUGGCUGCACCACCUCAACCCAUCCAGGCAGCUGUGGUUGUUGUUGGGUCCAUGGAGCAGAAUCCCAACCCCAUCCCUAACACCAACCAGGUGAGGAAGAACCACGCCUGCGAGGCCUGCGGGAAAGCCUUCAGAGACGUCUACCACCUCAACCGCCACCGGCUGUCCCACUCGGACGAGAAGCCGUACUCCUGCCCCAUCUGCCAGCAGCGCUUCAAGAGGAAAGACAGGAUGAGUUACCACGUGCGCUCUCACCAAGGCGGCGUGGAGAAACCCUACAUCUGUCCACACUGCGCCAAGGCCUUCUCCAGGCCUGACCACCUCAACAGUCAUGUCCGACAGGUGCACUCUACAGAGAGACCCUUCAAGUGCACGACGUGCACGUCAGCCUUCGCCACGCGGGACCGUCUCCGUGCACAUCUGAUUCGUCACGAGGAGAAGGUUCCGUGUCACAUCUGCGGGAAGCUGCUGUCGGCCGCGUACAUCACCGACCACAUGAGGGUUCACAACCAGUCGCAGCAUCACACCUGCCACCUCUGCAACCGCAGCUUCACCACCCUCACCUACCUGCGUGUGCAUGCUCAGAAGCACCACGGCCAGGAGUGGAAGGAGAGCGGCGGGGUGCGGGGAGGCUUCGGUGGGACAGGGGCUGGCGGCGUGCUGCUCUGCCAGCUGUGUGGGGUGCAGUGCAAGACGGCCACGCAGCUCCAGGGUCACAUGGGCACCCACGCCCAGCAGGGCGAGCCCAGCCCCGACCUCACGAGCGCGGGGCCCGUAGGCACCACCAGCGUGGCCGUCUCUGUGUCCAGUGCGAGCACAGUUGGACUGUUGGUUACUGACUGCUCCAGCAUCGCCCCCCAGCCCCACAGCUAGCACGC